AUGUCUGGUCACCAGAACAGGGCCUUUGCUGACGCCCACCGGUCAGAGCUGAUGGUGGACACUAUGGUGCCCAGGCUGGACGGGCAGACAGCGCAGACGGUGCGGCCCCGCACCCUGCCUCCAGCGUGGCGCCAUGGGCACAGCUUCCUGCAGCGGGACCCCUGCCCCUGGAUCCUGCAGCUCCUGAAGGGCAAGCUGGUGGUGGGCCACGACCUGAAGCAUGACUUCGAGGCGCUGAAGGAAGACAUGGGCAGCUACAGCGUCUACGACACGGCCGCCGACCGGCUGCUGUGGCGCGAGGCCCGGCUGGACUACUGCAAGCGCGUGUCUCUGCGGGUGCUGAGCGAGCGCCUGCUGGGGCGCAGGAUCCAGGGCAGCAGCUCUGGACACAGCUCCGUGGAGGAUGCCAGAGCCACCAUGGAGCUGUACCGCAUCUCACGGCACAUCCGAGACCGCUGAGGCCGCCGGCCCCGGACGCAGCCCCCGGG